UGUUACGAAAUUACUCUUAGCUUUGCAUAUUAAUUAAAUAUUUGAUAUUAAAUACUUGAAAUUAACUCUUAAGUUGGUAUCGAUAUUUGUUAACGAUACUUUAAUUAUUUUAGAGUUGGGCAUUCUUAAAUAAUUCACGGUCACACUGUUCGCCAAGGCACGCGCUAGAACAACAAAGACCCCCGCAGAACUUAAUUUGUACAGGAGCAAUUGUAAUUAAAGAACGAAUCAUGUGCACCGGCUCGCCCAGCAGCAAUGGCUCCCAGUCGGAGGAGGGCAGUACCACGGAGCAGGCACCCCAGGAGCAGCAGGCGGAGACGGAACGCGAGCGGCCAGCGGAGCAACAGCUGAGAACGCCCACGCACGCAGUCGUGGCCGCUGCCACGGCGGAGGACAUCCUGGCCGAGUAUGGUAGCAACCUGAAGCUGCUCGAGUGCAACUCGCAGGUGGCCGAGCUGCUGACCAUUCUUCGUGACAAGAACACCACACGCAGCGACUUCAAAUUCUACGCCGACCGACUGAUUCGCCUGGUGAUCGAGGAGUCGCUCAACCAGCUGCCCUACACCCACUGCGACGUGGAGACGCCCACGGGCGCCAUAUACGAGGGCCUGAAGUACCGUUCCGGCAACUGUGGCGUGUCCAUCAUCCGGUCUGGCGAAGCCAUGGAGCAGGGUCUGCGCGACUGCUGCCGUUCGAUUCGUAUUGGCAAGAUCCUGGUCGAGUCGGAUGCCAACACGCAUGAGGCACGCGUGGUGUAUGCCCGCUUCCCAGACGACAUUGGCAGCCGGCAAGUGUUGCUCAUGUACCCGAUUAUGUCCACGGGCAAUACGGUUCUGCAGGCAGUGAAUGUCCUGCGUGAGCACGGCGUUCCCGAGAGCUGCAUCAUCCUUUCGAAUCUGUUCUGUACGCCGAUGGCCGCCCGCACAGUGGUGAAUGCGUUCCCCAAGCUGAAGAUUCUCACCUCGGAACUGCACCCGGUAGCGCCCAAUCACUUUGGACAGAAAUACUUCGGUACAGACUAGAGCUAGGCGCAGAUGCAGACUUGACGACUAAGCGCGCUUAGCUGCUUAGGAUAGGUAGAAUGGCAUUUGAAAUACACAAAGCGAUACGAAGCAAACGCGGCACAGGCGCAGUCGGGCGAGCUACC